UCCUUGGGCGUCAAACCUGUGCUUCGUAGUGGUCAUCCCUCUCCCGUGUUUCUCCAAACUUCUUUUUUAAUCACACGAACACGAGCUAAACAAAAGAGAACCCUAGAUUGUUGUUAAAUUGCCUUCCUCGCCGAAAAGCGAAUCCUAAUCUCGUUAACGAAAGAAGGCAUCUUCUCCAAUUCAAACGGGUCAACUAAUCUGCUCCCAUGGCUAGUAGAAUAAUUGCGCAGUUCAUUGUGAUGGGUUCUGGGAUAUUGGGUCGUGCUGUCUUUCAAGCCUAUCGUCAAGCCAUUGCAAAUGCAUCUAAAACUGGUGUUGCACAGGAAGCAAUGCAGAAUGCAGUACGUAAAGCAGGAAAAGCCAUUAAUGCGCAAGAGGCUAGGCAGAUUCUCGGUGUAACCGAGCAGACCUCUUGGGUAGAGAUUUUACAGGGUGUAACUGGUGAUAGUUAUACAAAAACAAAGAUGAAUCUUGAUUUUGAUGACUCAAUCAGGAUGCAUCCUGGAGUGAGAAGACAAGAACGUGACAAGAUUCGCAGACUUUUUAUAAAACAUGUCGAUCGUAAACUGGCUUUACACAGGGAUGAUCCUUUAAACAGACUUUCCAUCAAGUGUAAAGAUGAUGUUGGUCCAUCUCCUGUCAUUCGUUGGAUAAGCAAAGUUCUGAACCGCCACGUAACAGAAAUUGUUCUGCACAUCUCUUCUCAUUGGUCUUGGCCUCUGUCUUCCGAGGUUGAUGCGAGCGAAACAAUGUGUCAGGAGUUUUGGGAAUUUUGCUCUGUAUCUAGCACUACCCUCAAGAGACUAACGCUUCGGUUUAAGCAAAUGUUUGAUGAGAAUCCAAAGAGUGUAUCGUUUGAUACUCCAAAUCUUGUCUACUUUGAGUAUUCUGAUGCUAUUGCAGACACCUAUCCAAAAGUGGAUUUUGCUUCGCUUGGUGAAGCUAGUCUUGAUCUUCGAAUGACUCAUGAGCAGAUCUGCAAGGCUAAGUUUUCAGAGGAUGACUUAUUUAAAGAAGAAGAGGGAACUAUGGUUGGGAAUGCAACGGUUCUUCUCAUGGGAAUAUGCAAUGUUAAGAAGCUUUACUUAUCUGACAACACUCUUGAGGUUCUUGCUUUCUGCUGCAAACCAAUGCCGGUUUACGACAACCUGGUUCAUCUAACUGUCAAGACCGACCGAGAUGUAGAAUGGGAAUCACUGACCGCGCUUCUCAAGAACUGUCAAAAUCUUGAAACUCUUGUCUUCGAAGGACUUCUCCACAGAGAGGGAAUGGGAAGUGGAGAGUGCUUAUGCAAACCGUGUGAUGACGAGGAGGUUCCUACUUGCUUAUCAUCAAGUCCUGUGAAGACCCUUGAGAUAAUGAAGUUUGGAGAUAUCUGUGAAGACGAGGACAUGGAUAAAAUGAUGGAGCAAGUUGAGUACUUCCUUGAGACGAUGCCGAAUCUUGAACAACUCAUAAUACACUAUGAAACGUCAAUCGAUGAAGAUGUGGUGGAAGUUUUAAGCCAGUUUCAGAUGGUUUCUAGAGAAUGUUUAAGCAAGUGUAAGAUUCAAGUCAUCUCUGAUAACCUCAACUUGUCAUCUACUUGAGCAUCGUCUUGGUUUCUUAAGUUGGUAUUGGAUUCACUCAUGCUUCUGUCUACCGUUUUAAAGCCAUGAGUGUGUCUCGGCGUUUGUAGUAGUAUCCAGUGACUUGUUUUGUUUAUGCUCUUGUUGUUGGUCAGACCACAAGUCAAUGUUUUAGUCUUUCAGUUAAUGUAUUAAGUUUUAGUUUGUCUUUUUUUGAAGACUCUAUCCUUUAAUCCUAAAGGCAUGAGUCUUUCUCGGCUUUAUGUUUGUAUUAGUAUCUAAUGACUUAUUUUGUUUAUGUUCUUGUUGGUCAGACCACAACUCAAUGUUUUAAUCUUUCAGUUACUGUAUUAGUUUUAGUUUGUCUUGAAGAAAA